AUGUCUAUUGACUUUCCCGCCGAAGAGGAGUCCGUCCUUAAGCGGUGGAGGGAGAUUGAUGCCUUUCGCCGACAGGUCGAACUCUCCCGCGGCCGAAAACCUUACAAUACACAUGGUGUGCCAAUCGAGCACGAAAUCGACAAGAAGCUUGGGAUGUCUGGUUCCGAAGCUGUCGAGAAGCUAGGUAUUGCCCAAUACAACGCAGAAUGCCGAGCGAUCGUGAUGAGAUACGCUGGAGAAUGGCGACAAACUAUCGAGAGACUCGGCCGUUGGAUCGAUUUCGACAACCCAUAUCGUACCCUCGACGCUACCUUCAUGGAGUCGGUUUGGUGGAUCUUCAAACAGUUGGCUGAUAAGGAUAUGGUUUACCGUGGAUACAGAGUCAUGCCAUACUCAACAGCCCUUAAUACGCCGUUAAGUAAUUUUGAGGCUUCUCAAAAUUAUAAAGAUGUGACCGACCCAGCUGUUGUUGUCUCUUUCCCUCUGGUUGAAGACCCAAAUGUGUGUCUCUUAGCAUGGACAACCACACCUUGGACACUUCCAUCAAACACCGGUCUCUGCGUGAACCCCGAGUUUGAUUACGUCAAAAUUCUCGAUGAAGCGUCCGGAAAACACUAUAUUCUGAUGGAGACCCUACUCCGCACUCUCUAUAAAGACCCCAAGAAAGCCAAAUUCAAGAUCGUCGACAAGUUCAAGGGAUCUGUUAUGAAGGGAUGGAAGUAUGAACCACUUUUCGACUACUUUGCCGAUGAAUUCACAGAGACCGGAUUUAAAGUGUGCAAUGAUGGAUAUGUCACUUCUGAUGCCGGUACUGGUAUUGUCCACCAAGCACCUGCAUUUGGUGAAGACGAUUACAGAGUCGCUGUGGAACAUGGAGUUAUUACCGAUAAAAAGCUACCACCUAACCCUGUGGACCCCACUGGUAACUUUACAUCUGAAGUCCGAGACUUCGUUGGACAGCAUGUCAAGGCCGCCGACAGGGCUAUCAUCAAACACCUCAAGGGAACCGGUCGCUUGAUUGUCGACGGCCAGAUUACUCACAGUUAUCCAUUCUGCUGGCGUUCAGACACUCCUCUUAUCUACCGAGCUGUACCAGCCUGGUUUGUUAAGGUCGGACCAGUCAUUCCAACCAUGCUCCAGGGCAUUGAAGACUCGCACUGGGUCCCUUCCUUCGUUAAGGAGAAACGAUUCGCCAACUGGAUCUCGAACGCGAGGGACUGGAACAUUGCCAGGAACCGUUACUGGGGAACACCGAUUCCUCUCUGGGUCAGUGACGACUUCAAGGAGGUUGUCGCCAUUGGCAGUGUCGCGGAAUUAAAAGAAUUGAGCGGUUAUGAAGGUGAAUUGACUGACCUCCAUCGUGACAAAAUCGACCACAUCACCAUUCCCAGUAAGCAAGGCAAGGGCACGUUGCGUCGCGUGCCUGAGGUCUUUGAUUGUUGGUUCGAGAGUGGUUCAAUGCCUUAUGCAUCAGUCCACUAUCCUUUUGAACGUCAAGAGGAAUUCCAGAACGCAUUCCCCGCCCAGUUUAUUGCUGAGGGUCUUGACCAAACGCGUGGUUGGUUUUAUACAUUGUCUGUUUUGGGUUGCCAUCUUUUCGGGAAGCUGCCAUAUCAGAACGUUAUUGUGAAUGGUAUCGUCUUAGCUGAAGAUGGUAAAAAGAUGUCUAAGCGUCUGAAAAAUUAUCCUGAUCCAACUCUGAUCAUGGAUCGUUACGGUUCUGAUGCCCUACGACUCUACCUCAUCAACUCUCCUGUUGUAAGAGCCGAACCCCUGCGAUUCAAGGAAGCAGGUGUCAAGGAGAUUAUCUCCAAGGUCCUGUUGCCAUUGUGGAACAGUUACAAGUUCUUCGAGGGACAGGUGGCUCUGUUGAAGAAGAUUGAGAACAUUGAUUACGUUUUCGACCCCAAGGCUGAAGUCACCAACACCAACGUCAUGGACCGAUGGAUCUUGGCCAGCUGUCAGAGUCUUCUCAAAUUCGUCAACCAGGAAAUGUCUGCUUAUCGUUUGUACACGGUGGUUCCAAGACUCUUAGAGCUCAUUGAUAACACAACGAACUGGUACAUUAGAUUCAACCGAAGACGUCUAAAGGGUGAAAACGGUGUUGAAGAUACACAGCAUGCGCUCAACACAUUGUUCGAGGUCUUGUACACUCUUGUGCGCGGACUUGCACCUUUCAUCCCUUUCAUUACUGACACCAUCUACUUGCGCCUUCUUCCUCACAUCCCUCAGAUACUACGCGGCGAAGACGAUCGCAGCGUGCACUUCCAGCCAUAUCCUCAAGUUCGCGAAGAGCUUUUUGACGAAGUCAUCGAGAGACGUGUGGCUAGAAUGCAAAGAGUCAUCGAGUUGGGCCGUGUUUCCCGUGAGCGCCGUACCUUGGCAUUGAGGACGCCUUUGAAAACACUCGUGGUCAUUCACCAAGAUCAACAAUACUUGGAUGAUGUUAAAUCUCUGGAAUCUUACAUUGUUGAGGAACUGAACGUGCGGGAUCUUGUCCUGUCCUCAGAUGAAGAGAAGUACAACGUACAAUACAGUGUCUCAGCUGACUGGCCCACAUUGGGCAAGAAGCUCAAGAAGGAUGCGCAAAAAGUGAAGAAAUCUUUGCCUUCCUUGACAAGCGAAGAUGUUAAGAAGUUUGUUGCCGAGAAACGCAUUGUUGUUGAUGGUAUCGAACUUGCCGAAGAGGAUCUUAUCGUCAAACGUGGCAUCAAGGAGGACGAAACAUCUCAGAACAUGGAGACGAACUCUGACAGCGACGUUCUUACCAUAUUGGACGUCACCGUCUAUCCCGAAUUGGCAGAUGAGGGUAUUGGACGAGAGAUUAUCAGCCGUGUCCAACGACUACGCAAGAAGGCAGGCUUGCAGACUACAGAUGACGUCAAGAUGGAGUACAAAGUUCUCUCUGACCCCGACGAAAUCGGCUUGGCCAAAGUAUUCCAGACUCAAUCUGCAGCCUUUGAGAAGACUUUGCGGAGACCUAUUGACCAUCAUGUCAUUACACAGGUGGCUGGUGAGAUCCCCAAGGAAGCGGAGCCAGGUCUCAUUGUGGAGGAGGAGCAAGAAGUUCAAAAAGCAACAUUUUUGCUCAGACUCCUUAAACUGUGA